AGGCCCCGCCGAAGUCGGAAUUCCUUGGUUAAUGAUCUCGCAGGCUUUAGCGGAAUCUGUUGGCGUGGCCCACAAGGCUCCGCGGGGCUGCACGAGGCUAGUUGCUAAGUAAGUGUGAACUUCGGUCAACGGCCACCUGGGCGAUAGCGACAGGAAGUUCCCUGUUACCCCUUGGCUCCCAGCAUGCCUCACAUUGACAACGACAUCAAACUGGACUUCAAAGAUGUCCUCUUGAGGCCCAAGCGCAGCACCCUGAAGUCACGAAGUGAAGUGGAUCUCACAAGAUCCUUUACAUUUCGCAACUCAAAACAGACGUAUACUGGGAUCCCAGUCAUCGCUGCCAAUAUGGACACUGUAGGCACCUUUGAGAUGGCCAAGGCUCUCUGUAAGUUCUCUCUCUUCACUGCUGUCCAUAAACACUACAACCUUGAACAGUGGAAAGAGUUUGCUGGCCAGAAUCCUGACUGCUUGGAGCAUCUGGCUGCCAGCUCAGGCACAGGCUCUUCUGACUUUGAACAGCUGGAACAGAUACUGGAAGCUAUUCCGCAGGUGAAAUACAUCUGCCUGGAUGUAGCCAAUGGCUACUCUGAACACUUUGUUGAGUUUGUGAAGGAUGUGCGGAAGCGCUUCCCGGAACACACCAUAAUGGCAGGAAACGUGGUAACAGGAGAAAUGGUGGAAGAGCUCAUCCUCUCAGGGGCUGACAUCAUCAAAGUAGGAAUUGGACCAGGUAAACUGGUUCCUGGGAGUGUGGGUGGGGAAGUGGGGCACUGUGCUCUUUUUGGGGCACACACACGCAUGCAGAGUACUUUACUGUCUUUCUUCUCAGGUUCCGUGUGUACCACCCGGAAGAAAACUGGGGUGGGCUAUCCACAGCUCAGUGCAGUGAUGGAGUGUGCAGAUGCCGCUCAUGGCCUCAAAGGCCACAUCAUUUCAGAUGGAGGCUGCUGCUGUCCCGGGGAUGUGGCUAAGGCUUUUGGGGCUGGUGCUGACUUCGUGAUGCUGGGUGGCAUGCUUGCCGGACACAGCGAGUCAGGUGGCGAGCUCAUUGAGAGGGACGGGAAGAAGUUCAAGCUCUUCUAUGGCAUGAGUUCUGAGCUGGCCAUGAAGAAGUAUGCUGGGGGUGUGGCCGAGUACAGGGCCUCUGAGGGAAAGACGGUGGAGGUGCCCUUUAAAGGGGCUGUGGAACACACCAUCCGGGACAUCCUGGGAGGCAUCCGCUCCACCUGCACCUACGUGGGAGCAGCGAAGCUCAGGGAGCUCAGCCGCAGAACCACCUUCAUUCGCGUCACCCAGCAAGUGAAUCCCAUCUUCAGUGAGGAGAGCUAGACUCGGACUCUCCCUGCCCGCCCAUGGCACCAGCACUCCACCACAGGGCCCCCCCAAAUGGACCCUUCACUGGUCCCAGCAACUACUUAUUACUUUGUGAUUUCCUGGCCUCUCCUGAGGGCUUCCUGAAGUUAUUUCUCUCCAAGUGCCCAGGGCCACGAACACAAAGGAAGCAAGACAAGCUAAGAAAACGAAGCUGGCCAAGUGAGAACCCGGGGAGCCAGCACCCGCAAGAUUCAAAGGGAAAAAAAGGGUUUUCUCUGACCUUGGUCUGGAAGAGGUAGGCUCUUAGAAUCAUGUUUUAUUAAGUAGAUAGGUUCUCUGAGGACAUGUUCACACAUUGAGUCCCUCAAUAAAGAGAAAUCCCAAUGACUAAAGUGAUCGUGGGGCUUUUUUGUACUUGGCGGGCAUCUGAAUGCUGCAGCAAGCAGAGUGGACACUGGCCUAGCAGCACAGUGAGGUGACAGAGUACCCCAUUCUCAUACCAGCCUCAGGGUAGCACCAGAAUUUGCAAAGUAAGUCUGGCAUCCAACACAGAAUUAGUUUGCAGAGCUACCAAGGAUGUUUCUCUUGCAGACUUUUAG